GCCAAGGAGUUAGAUUAGAAAUUAGAAUGAUACUCUUGAUUCGAUUUUUGGAAUCAUGGCUUUUACUUGGCAGUAUUUGAGCAUAAGAAUAGAGGGUUAGUAAAGACAUGACUGUACUUCUUUAGAUCAGCACCAACUGACCAAGACUCAGAGGAGUCCACACCAAUUCUGCACGAAGAGCUACCAACAUGCAGUGGUAGCGCGAAGCAAAACUGUCCCUACUCCCUUCUGGCGCAGUUGCGAGUCGCACAACACCAAUACUUCUAUUUACGCAUAUCGGAUUCAGACUAGUAACAGCGAAGGGGUCUGCAGGCUAGGCAAGGAAAAACGAGGAUGGCUACAGAAAACUUGCCGACACCGGAGUCGGAAUUGAGACCUCGUAUUCCAUCAUUACAGGAGAUGUGCACAUCUGUAGCUGCUCAGGCCCUCGCUCGACCUGGCAGGGAGACAUUUGCGCUGGAGUGCAGAGCGCACCUGAUAGUCGUGCACCAGAUACGGACAUUUGAAAUGCUGAGGCGCACAACGGCGGGUUAUCUACUGGAAUACGUUGUUCAUCGAUGUCCGGAGCUGCUUACCGAUGAGCUGGCUGGCCUCAUUCUGCCCCAUGGGCUCUAUGCUGUAAACCUUUCCCACUGCACCAGCAUAACGCAGGAGUGUUUGGUUGACUGGAGCAAGGCUUUCUUCUGUGAAAGUGAUGAGAAUGCAAGUAGAGAGAGCUCACCAGCAGCUGAGGCUGCAGAUUCUCAGGCACCGAGGCUCGAAAGUCAAGUAUCAAGCCUGGACAUCAGCUGCACAGAGUUGUUCUCGGCGGAGGGUGUGCUUCUGGCCAGCACGGAAUGGUGGCAGUGUUUCCUCCGUCCUUUGGCAGCGUCCCUGACUCAAGUGAACGUGAGCCACACAGCAAUCAGCGACCGAGGUGUUGAGGUUCUGCUAGCAACGUGCACACAACUACAGGAGCUGGAUAUAUCGCACUGUCAGCAGUUGACCAACAGCAUGUUGGAUUUUGUGAGGAUUGCGGCUCCUGUAGCUGUGUCCGAGACCGAUGAUCAAGAGCACCAUCAGCUUGAUCCCAGCGGUAUGCCUACUGCGGUCAUUGCACAGCAUCUGAGGCAUGUCUUGGCUGCCAACACGAAUCUGGGCUUCAGAGCUAUCCGCAAGCUGGCGCUGAUGUGUCAAGAUCGUUUGGAAACCGUGGACAUUGGUCUGUGUGAAGGUCUCCUCGCUACUGCUCUCCUAUGCCUGAGUGGUUAUGCAGUGGACAAACUAACGGACAGUCCCCCUGGCGACGUAGCACAGCUGGCUACGUACAAAGAGUACUUGGAAAAAAGUGGCGAUCCAUGCUUACAAUCUUGCCUGUCCGCUACUCCGGAAGUCACAGACACUAUGCGGCAGCGUCUGUAUCACUGUGGGUAUGUUAUCCGAGGACGGGCAUUCACACCUAAUCUUUCAACGGUGAACAUUACUGCGGUGCUUAGGGCAGACGCUGUGAGUGACAUUUGCGCAGCACUGUUCUUCAUGAACACGUCCCCUACACUUCAGCGACUGAUCUGUGGCUCACACAGCGCACUCUUCUUGGCAAAGCAAACGAAGUACCUUAGAUUUGUAAAGGACAUUGACCUGUUUGGAGCAAGAGACCUAACUCUUGAUGACCUCGUAGGAUUCUGUACUGAGGAGCACCAUUUGCAACACUUGAAUUUAGUAGAUAUAGCCACUCGUCUAAAUCCAGAAGUGGACAUCGCCCAAAUCUUCCGCAUGAGCCGGAUGCCAUGGCUCUCAUUCAAGUACUAUGGCGAUGAUUUGAGUGCAGACACGUUUGCGGAUAUUAUUCGCAUUGCUUCACCAACGCUUGAGAGGCUGCAGCUAGCGUACAUGGACAAUAUCCCAGACGAUGUGCUAUGUCUCGUCUUGAAGCUUUGCAGAUCUGUGAAGGUUCUUGAGCUGCGAAUGAUGGAAAUUGGUCCUGAAGUCAUUGACAGCCUUCUGCAUAGCUGUCCUCCAAGGCUUACCGAACUGUCACUGCCCAAGUGUUCCUUUCUCCUGUGUAACGAGCACAUUGCAUGCGUGGCUCAGUCUUGCCCACUCCUGGAGAAAGUGAAUCUAAGUUGGCACACCAAUAUCGGCAAUGCUGCAGUGCGAUCGUUACUACUCCUUUGUCCCAUGCUGCGCAUACUGGAGGUGACCGGUGUGAAACAGCUCACAUCCGAUCCGUUCUUGCCACUGGCGGUCGUAUGCAAGACUUCAGACAGUGUUGAAGAUGAAGCGGUACUGGACUCUAAAAUGAUGGCACUGGUCAAACACAACCAACAGUGCUACGUUCGUCGCUCAACAGUGUACGGUCGUAACUUACAGCUUCUGGACUUGUCAUCGUGUGAUCAUGUGGAUGAUGAGCAUCUGAUCACAAUAGCGCUAGCGGCAUUCCGAUCGCUGCACAUUAGGAACUACUACGGGGCCAUGGUCACGGAGAGUGGCGAAGAGUAUCACUUGUAUUAGAAUGCACCGCAUCAACAUACCAAUCCAGUCAUGCCGGCCAGCUGAGACGGCAAUUUGAUUGUUUUGAGUGUGUGUGUUUGCGCGCGCGCGUGUGUGUGUACCCACGUCGGCGGUGGAAAGACUAUGCUGUGAAGGACCUCCGCUCACGAGACCUUGGAGCGGACUGGUAUACAUGUAUAGUGGCCUGUGACCCUUGCCCAGACUGGAGGCUGUCUCUGUGCGUGCCACAUUGCGUUCAUGCAUGCCCGUCGCAUGUCCGUUGUCUUGGAGGAACGAAUAACUUCCAUAGUAUAGUAUAUUAUGAUGUAUUUUACUUCAGUAAAAUGUAUAGGCAUGUUAUGCCUCCUCGCCGGCCGUGAUGGCCGUGUGCAUGUCGGUGCAUACGAGUAACCUUUCUCUCCACUUGAGAGUUUUGUGUA